UUUCGAAUCGAACUAUUUCUUCUGAUCGUCAAGUGCUGCUGCGAAAUGAAACUGUUCAUCACAUUCUUCGCGCUUCUGGCCGCUGCUAUGGCUUACGAUUAUUAUCAACUGGAGCAGAAGCACGUCCCAAUUCUUCACAGUGAGUCGUACCAAGGUCAGGAUGGCAGCUUCAAGCACAGCUACGAGUCGGGCAAUGGCAUUUUGGUCCAGGAGCAGGGCUACGUAAAGAACGCUGGAGCGGGAAAGGAUCACGAGAGCAAUGUCGUACAAGGAUCGUACUCAUACGUUGACCCUAACGGUGCUCCGAUAUCGGUGAAAUAUUUCGCUGAUGAAAAUGGUUUUCACGCCGAAGGAGCUCAUCUCCCCACACCACCUCCGGUUCCGAAGGCACUUGUGGAAGCGUACGCCAAAGCUGCAAGCUACGGGGGCAGCCAUGGAAACGAGUUCCACUACAGUAAACCGGAGGCAUACAACUACUAUUAGGCACAAGUCAGAGGGGGUCCAAAGUCCUUAGUUAGAAAGUAGCUUAA